AUGAAAAGCUCUAAGUUUUCCUAUCUCUAGGGACGUUUCCUUGUACAGUGCUUUCCCGUUUUGUUUCUCUGAGGACGUUGGGACCUUAUCGCGACCCGUAGCCGGCGUUUUAAAAAAGGAUGAAGAGUGUUCCCGCCUAGUCAAAAUUGUCUUCUGAGGCGGGCAUCAAGAUGUGGGAUCUAGCUGAGUUUUUGCUAAGCGAUGAGACAAGAAGUGGGACAAUCAACCUUCAUUCCAAAGAAGGAAGUCUGUAUCAGCUGAAUGCACUCCUUAAAGUAGCCUCAUCUGAAAAGGUUUCGUCUAACCCAGAGUUGUAUUCCUGCAAAUUGAGGGAUGGCUGCCUGGUUGUCGCCGACAGAGCUGUGCUUCUGCUUGAUGAUAUAUGUCAGUCUCUUCGGCUGUUUCUUCAGUUUGAGAGUGAGGUGGAUGUUGUUGGCUUGUGUCAAGAAGGGCAGUUUCUUGUGAUUGGGGAGAGAAGCGGCAAACUGCAUCUGAUUCACGUAUCAUCAGAGCAAACCCUGUUAACAAACGUAUUAGUUCAAGGAUCCUCAAAUAGCAGGACUUAUUUCAAUCUUAUUCUGGAGGAAGACGUUUCUGAUGGAGGUACUUACCAUGCGUUUAUUCUCACAAACAGUGGGUUCUUCUGUGUUAUGCACCUCCCACUUGCCAAAACCCAGGAAGCAAUUGGCAAGAUGGACAUCAGUGCGGCAAAGAAGCUCCAAGGCCAGGUGGAGACAUGUUUUAUCCCGACAGAAGCGUAUCAUACCAUGGGUUGCCUUACUGCUCUGACGAUGCGUGUGGCGGACAAAUUCACGCUGAUAAUCGGGGGCGCAGGUGACUAUGUGAUGUCUGUCUGGGAAGUGAAUCCUAAAAACAAUCAGAUAUCCCUUGAAAAUGUUGUCGAUUCAGCCAUGAUUAAAGCUGUCAAAAGGCUACAGGUUGUCGGCAGCUUCUUGUUUGUCUUGGACAGUGAGAACAUUCUGUCAUUGUGGGAUGUUGGCUGGACGAUGAUUUGGGACGGCCUUUUGGUGGAAACUGAAGAAUUCCUGCUGACUUCAGAAUCGGAUGUCUCAGCAGUUGCGAGACAAGGGAUUGCCGAUCUCAAGCUGGUUGUAUUGACAAAACCUGAUGGUGUCAAACAGACAAGGCGCGUUGUCAUUUUUUCUCUGCCGACUCUGCACCAGCUCUACUCUUUGAACGUGUCACAUGUGUCUUCUCUGGUUCACACUGGAAUGAAUACUGAUACGAUAUAUUUUUUGGAAGGAGCGCAUGAAGAUGAACAAGAGUCUCCUGACGUUUCAUUUCUGGUGAUGAGAUGCUUAACAGAAGCCUUACCUGAGAACAGACUGAGCCGUUUACUUCACAAGCGCAAGUUUGCCGAAGCGGAAAGUUUUGCCAUUCAUUUUGGAUUGGACACAGAGCUUGUCUACCAAGUGAAAUUGAACUCCCUUUUGGAGGGCUUACCUAUUGAAUCUUCUGGGGAUGUCAAAGCAUCGGCCUAUUUGAUGCUUGUGGCUCAAGCUAAAGAAACACUUAGUAAGAUAAAGGAUAGCAGCUUUGUGGUGGCAUGCUGUAUCCGUACCCCGUGGCCGACCUAUGAAAUUGCUCAGGAAAUGUUGGACUACGCUCAAAGCAGGACCUUGAAGAGAGAUGAUGGAACUCCUGCCCUGCUUUUGACUAAGGAUUCACAGCUUGACACAGAGGUACUGCGUGCACAAAGAAAGCUGGUGACGUUUUGUGGUGCGUUUGGGUCUGAGAAAUUCAGUGGAACGGCUUGGCUGGAGUUUCUGCACAACGACGACAUCUUCAGGGAUGUCCUUCUGCAGCUAAAAGAAGGCAACCUCUCCUCUGCGCAGUACAUCUGGCUACGACACCAGGCUGACUUUGAGAAAAGCUUGGAUGUGAAAAUGCUGGAUCAACUGCUGAGCACCAUCUCCGCUAUGGUUUCCCGUAAAGUGCUGUGCCGGUGGCUUGGGGACGUGGUCAUUCCUUUCGUGAGGCGGUUUUUGCCUGAAGGAGAGAGACGAAUCGCAAAGUGGCUGGAGCAAAGCGCACGGAACCUUGAAUUAACUGAUAAGGCCAACUGGCCAGAAAACGGGCUUGAAGUGGCACAAGUGUUUUUUACCAGCCAAAGUCAAGGGGAAGUUGGAUUGGCAUCUUCCUGGCACUCAGUCCCUUUGAUAAAUGUCCCAUCAGUUCAUAUUUCCAGCCACAAGGAGAGGCGGGAUGAGAUCAAGAGCCUGUCCGACUUGGUUGCUGCUCUGCAGGGCUUGCUGGACCUCUACCGGAAGUACAAUUGUCGGCUGGCCCUCUCCGACUUUGAAAAGGGGGAUGCAAAUACAAUAGUAUUUCGUAUGUUUGAUAAAGUUCCGGCAGCAGAACUCAUCCCAGUCACGUUAGAGAAAUACAUUGGACCGUACAUCUGUCAUCAUCACCUACAAAAAGACGAAAUCCUCUUGCAGUACAUAAAGGACCUGCUACAGCGCUACUCUAAAUGGUCAGCCUCUCUCUUUGACACGAUGUGGGAAGCAAAGGCCAUCGCAGUCUUGGGCUGCAUGUCGGACAUCGACCUGAUCUUUGACGGCGUGCUUGCCAUCAUGCAUGGCGCCGUGAUUCCUUGGAGCUCCGGGAUGAAACUGCUGGUGGAGAAAUACCUGCACAUGGAUCAUGCCAAAGUGAAGCUGGUGCAGGAAGGCUACCAACUGAUGGAAAUGAAGACACUUUUGCGGAGCUAUGGCAUCCGAGACACCAAUCUCUUAAAUGACAAGCAGAUGAUAUGGAUGCUAGUAAAGUACAUCCUGAAGCAAGAUAGUCCGUCGUGUUUGGAGGAUGUUUUGAAAAUUGCAAACGCUUACAUGCUGACCACCUCAGAAGUCUAUCUUUGGAGGAUUAUUGACCUCAUCGACAAAGAAAAGGGUGACGAUGUUAUUGACUUACUGAAGUCUCUUCCUCCCUCCGAAGCCGUGGAGAUUGCGGAAAGGACGGUGACAUGGGGAAAACUGGAACUGGAGGCAGAAAUGUUUGACAGUGAAGAAGAGCGGAAUAGGCAGCUAUAUUUAAAAAAUACCCUCGUGGACGUCCUCAAGUUCCUGCUUUGUCACCAGAAAGGAAAUCUUGAGAAGACAGAAGAGUACGAAGCUCACUUAAAAUGCUUGAAAACCCUUAAAGCCUUGCAGGCUAAUUUUGACAUCUGCGUAUCUCCCAAAGAUUAUGAAAAUCUGUCGCUGAUGACUCAGCUCCUCCAAGAGAAGAUUGACAGCUAUAAUGCCGAGAGGUCUCAAAAAACACAAGAAAAGACCAGCGUGGAGAACGGUGGGGUAAAGAGGCAAAAGCUGGCUCAGUGUGGCCUUUACAGACUGGCGGGGCUUCUGCGAAGGACGGAGCCUGAGAUGGGAACCGAGCUGGCCCUGAGAGCGCUGGAUGCGGGAAACGUCGAAGAAGCACUCAACAUUUGCAGGGAUCUUUAUGAACAUCACCACAACGAACAAACAGGGAAGUUGCUCUUCUUAGCAUGCCGAAAGAUCUGUCACGUAUUGGCUUCUGGUGGUCCACUCGUUGUGCCCAAAAGAGUGAAUCUUUCUACGGCGAUCCACGAAAUGGCUGUUCAGGCGGUGACGGUCUGCAGUCCCGAUCUUCUCUCUGAUGCCAUGGAGCUUUCCAAAUAUACCUCGUUGGCCCGUGAACUUUCAGAAAAGUGCCAGAUUGAAGACACUGGAUUUAUAGCGAAGGAGACCUCUUUGGGAGCCGACAAAGACCCUUUCACAGAGUGGACCUUCGAUGAGUUUUUCACCGAAGAUGGGGCUGUGCUGGACCCAUCGACCGUGCUCCCACCUUUAUAUGAAACUGCUUCUGCCAUCUUGACAAAAUCCAAAAUGUAUCCUCUGGAAUCUACCUGUUCGGCAGUUAGCCCCUUUGAACAAGCACAUAACCUUUGCACCUCCUGUAUGCACCCCGUCUCCGUUUUGCUCAGUAAGCUCCAGGAAGGCAGUCAAUGUGAGUUCGCUUUGAAACUCGCCGUCAUCUCUUUGGGAUCCUUGUUCCAGAACGUAACUGCAAGCAACGUGGAUAUGAGCCUGGGCGCAAUGGCGUGUGAACAGGAGGCACAAGAUGCGGAGCACAAAGCGUUUCUCUACAAAAUGUUGCAGAGCUCGACUUCGGUGACCAAAAGCAUUGUGAUAGACCUGUUGCACAAGGUUUUCAAUAGUCAUCCAAUAGAUCACAGACUCGCUCUCGGUUAUUGCACUGUGCUGCCGAAAGAAAUGAGAUUUCAAAUGCUUUGGGACCUCGUGAAUAAGACGGCACAAAAUUACAGCAAAAUCCAGGCCGUCGGUGUUGUCGGAAUGCAGCUCAGCCUUCUCAGCGACAUGACAAAGGAGCAAAAAGAGUUUGAAGACUUGAUCACUGACGCUGAAUGGGGCCUAGAGCUUGGGAAACUUGGCAUCUCUUUCCAGAGUGUCUUCAGAAUGCCAUCAGUGAGGAAGAAAGAGUUUCUGGCGACGUUGGUCAAGCAUCCAAAUGUGGAGACUGAACUCAUCAAGAAAUACUGCAGCGCUUACCAAGUGGAUAUGGAUGCGGCUCUGAAGUUUUGCAUCGAAAUGCACUUCCAAAACGUCAGCGCGACUGGUGUUGAAGGGGAUGCUUCAGGGGACACCGGGAAAUCCCCAAAACAUGGCGUAGUGUUAAGUAAGGCUUUGGAAACCGUGCCUCUUCUGAACAGCCCCGCUAGCUUGGUUGACAAUCUCAGUGCAACGCUGUACAAGCUGGAUCCAUACGACUAUGAGACUAUCGAAGCUCUCCUCUUGCUUAUAGAAAGGGCCGGUGUCCACACUGCAGCUGUCCCAUUGAAUUUGGCCCAAGCGCUGAUGCUCCUAAAACACCUGAAAUCAUACAAACGGACGUCGGUUCCUGGAGCUCUGGAACGCCAGUAUAUCAUAGGACAGGGUAUGGCUCUCCCGCCAGCUGCUCAGACCAGGCUUCCCUUCCAUAUGAUCUUCUUUGGAGCAUCAAACUAUUUCUUUAAAAUCAUUGCUGCAGAGCUAAGUGAGGACUCUUUCCACAAACUACUUCUGAUGUCCAAACUCAUGAAGGUCUCUUUGAAUACGCUCUACUUGUUAGCAGCCGAUCAUUUGUUCCAACAAAAGCUGAAGCCCAAGAUCUUGGACGCAAUGAGGAGCGAAUGUUGGGAAGCGGUUGACAAGGAAACUGCUAAAAUCGUGCAGACCAUUACGUCGUAUUUGCACUGUAUAACAAACCCCAAAUGGGCCACAGGGCUUGCCUACAAAAUGGCUGAAGAGCUUCCUCCAGGGCCCAUGAAGGUCCAGGCCUGGGAAUACUGCAUCGGCUUGUCCAGACAAUGGCUGACAUCCACGACGCUCACGGAUGAAUUGCGUGAGAAGGCUGAAGAGUCUCUGAAGAAGCUGCAGGUGCAGCACCGGCAUUCGGCCACGGAGGCUGUGCUUAUGGUCCACAAGCUGAAUUCAGAGGAGCACCGGAAACUUCUGGGGGCACCGGGCAAGCUCAUUGUGUCACUGUAUCAGCACAGCAGCAUCCCCGAAAGCUUCCAAGACCCAAUGGGCAGGGACUACCCAGAUGUUCAUGCUGCAGCUAAAGAAAUUGCCAAAAUCAACGACUUGGAUAUGACGACAAUAUGGAAUGUGCUGCUAGAGAAGUGGCUGUGUCCGAGUGAGCUCCCGACAGAUAAAACUUCCGGGGCCUUUGGAAACAUCCAAGAAGAUGAAGAUUUGAAGAGGGUCAUAUAUCUCCUUCAAGCGCACCCAGAAGACAGCCGCUUAAGGAUCCUUCACAGAUGGACCGUGUCGGAAAUUUCCCCGGUUGGGUUAAAUCAGCUGAGCUUUGCUCACCGAAGCCGGGCCCUCAAGUGCCUGCUCUACAUUGCUGACCCUCCUGCGGUAGAAUCGCUCUUCAAAAAGCCCGUCGAGAACGUGAAGCAAUUCUUGAAGUGUUUGAUUUACCUUGCGGAGUUUGAGGUGCUGAAUAUCCCGUACACCUACGAAUCGUUUCACAGCACUCCCAAGGAAGGACUUGUCAAAGGAUUGUGGAAAAACCAUAGCCAUAAACCCAUGGCCGUGAAACUGAUGACCGAGCUCAGUUUAGACUACCAAGUCCAUGAUGCUCAGCUUUGGAACGGUUUGCUGCAGAAGCUGAUGAGUUUCCAAAUGAUCUCUCACCUGAGGAAGGUUUUAAGGGAGAUUUCUGGCAUCUGUUCAUUAUGGCAGAUCCCGAAUUUCAGCCGAGCCUGGCAAACGGUCAUUUGUGCACCCCUUCUUUCAGCUGUCCCUCCGCCAAGUCCUGGCCAACUGGAAGCGUGCUGCGACUCUUUCAGGUUGCUGUUAAUGUGUCCACUCACAACUCAUCUGGACCUUCUCGGGAUCGCCAAGCAGUACGUCCAGUUGCAGCUGCCGGCGUUUGCUUUCGGCUGCCUCUUGCUGAUUCCGCAGCUGGAGAAAAGAUCCCAAGUGAUCCAGGACCUUCUGGCCAAAUGCUCACUUGAGGCUAUGGCACAGCAGGUGGACGAAUACAUGAGCUGGGGAGAAGUAGCCGGCCUGGCUUCGCAGAUUAGGCAUCUAAUGUUGAACCACGGAUCAAAUGUGAAGCAGGAAGAGAGCCACGGGGAAUACGCACUUUAGUAAGUACAAGAGGCACACAACAUAAACUGAAACGUUACAGAAAGUAUGAACAUUCGACAAAAGGCCAUUACAACCAUGCAGCCCUGCAGAAAACAAACAAGUUCUGGCCAGUGAUUUAUUUAUACUGUUCAGUGUUAAGAAUUUUGGGGGUUUUUCUUUAUUGAUAUUUUGCAUUGUAAAAAAAUUGAAUAAAAUCAUGGAGCAAUA